ACACGGAUUUGUAAAAUGGCGACUGCCGAACCGGUGAGCACUUUCUCGAGCAACUCCCUCUUCGUGGAAACCAACCUAAGUCCAUCCCCGCCCAAAGAGGAUGGAAGUGACGAGGCAAAAGAGGAAAGCAGCCCAAGUCCGUCCCUGCCCAAAGAGGAUGGAACUGAUGACGCAAAAGAGGCUGGUCAGGAAAUUGUGAGCCCAGAAGUCUACAUCAAACACCCUCUGCAAAACAGAUGGUCUCUAUGGUUCUUCAAGAUCGACAAGAACAAAACAUGGCAGGCCAACCUGAGACUCAUCUCCAAAUUUGACACAGUGGAAGACUUUUGGGCUCUGUACAACCAUAUCCAGUUAUCCAGCAAUCUCAUGUCAGGCUGCGAUUACUCCCUUUUUAAGGAUGGUAUUGAGCCCAUGUGGGAGGAUGAGAAGAACAAGCGUGGAGGACGCUGGUUGAUCACACUCAACAAGCAGCAGAGAAGAUUUGAUCUGGACCGCUUUUGGUUAGAAACUCUCUUGUGCUUAGUUGGAGAGGCCUUUGACGACUACAGCGAUGAAGUCUGCGGCGCUGUGGUCAACAUUCGCACUAAAGGGGAUAAAAUCGCUGUGUGGACAUCAGACUCUGAAAACCGUGACGCUAUCACACAAAUAGGGAGAGUUUACAAGGAGCGAUUGGGGCUCCCCUUGAAGAUGACUAUUGGCUACCAAUCUCACUUUGACACAGCAACCAAAAGUGGCUCCACCACCAAGAACAAAUUUGUUGUUUGAGAAGCGCUUAUUGUGCUCCUUUUUCAACUUCUUGUCAUAUUUGUUGUUGGUGCAUAUGCUUACUUUGCUGCAAAGACUGCGGAAUGCAAUCCACAUGGAACGGAAACCGUCGUUUUAAAGUCACUGAUGACACUGAAACGUCAUUUGGAAGUAACGCUGGCUGUGUUUGGACUUUAAUAGUCAGGUAUGAAAUUUGGGAGGAUGAACACUAACACCAAAUGGAAACGUAUCCAAUGAGUGAUUGUAUUACUAGAGGUUGCUAUUUAGAGGGCUUUGUGGAUUCUCGACGUAAAAGUAUAGAUCAAAUUCUUUUUUUUUAAUUGCAGUCAAUCGUGAAAUGCAACUGUAUAUUUUUCUACAGCAUGAUUUUUUUGCUGUAAUUGUGUAAGAAAUGAAAGCCUUUAAUUUAUUCUAUCUUGGAGACUGUUCAAUUGGUAGAAGAGUUCCAUGCUUCUUUUUUGCUCUGGCUUGCAUGUAACAAAUCUUCUUAGUCAAUACUUCAUGAUUGAUAUUCUUUCGAGUGUUAAUAUAAUUAAAAGAGGAAUUUUGCAACGCUU